AGAAGGAGGCGGGCGGCGGCCCCGGCCCGAAGCGGCGGCCGCUGCGGGUGCACAUCCCGGACCUGAGUUCCUUUGCCAUGCCGCUCCUGGAUGGAGACCUGGACAGCUCGGAGAAGCAUUCCUGUCGCAAGGUGGACAGCCCCCUGGGCUCCGGCAGCCCCUCCCGGGGGUUCUUCUCCAGAGGCCCCCAGCCCCGGCCGUCCAGCCCCGUGUCGGCGCCCGUGAGGCCCAAGACCAGCCCCGGCUCGCCCAAGACGGCCUUCCCGUUCUCCUACCAGGAGUCCCCGCCGCGCUCCCCGCGCCGCCUGAGCUUCAGCGGCAUCUUCCGCGCGUCCUCCAAGGACUCCUCCCCCGGCUCCAACCCGUCCACCUCGCCCGGGGGCCUCCGCUUCUUCUCCCGCUCCAGAAAAACCUCCAGCGUCUCCUCGUCUCCGUCCACGCCCACCCAGGUGCCGAAGCCGCCCACGUUUCCCCUCGAGUCCUACAAGCAGGAGCCUGAGCGCCUAGAGAACCGCAUCUAUGCCUCCUCGCCCCCGCCCGAGCCCGGCCAGCGCCUCUGCCUGGCCUUCCACAGCCCGACGCGGCCUCCGCUGGCAUCCCCAACGCACCUGGCUCCCCCAAGAGCCGCGGCGCUGGCGGCGGCCCCGGGACCCGCGGAAGCCGGCAUGCUGGAGAAGCUGGAGUUCGACGAGGAAGCAGAAGACUCAGAAAGCGGUGUUUAUAUGCGAUUCAUGAGGUCCCACAAGUGCUACGACAUCGUUCCCACCAGUUCCAAGCUUGUCGUCUUCGACACCACCUUACAAGUUAAAAAGGCCUUCUUUGCCUUGGUAGCCAACGGGGUGCGCGCGGCACCGCUGUGGGAGAGUAAGAAGCAGAGCUUCGUCGGAAUGCUAACAAUUACAGACUUCAUAAAUAUACUACAUAGAUAUUAUAAAUCACCUAUGGUACAGAUUUAUGAAUUAGAGGAGCAUAAGAUUGAAACGUGGAGGGAGCUGUAUUUACAAGAAACAUUUAAGCCUUUAGUGAAUAUAUCUCCAGAUGCAAGCCUCUUCGAUGCUGUAUACUCGUUGAUCAAAAACAAAAUCCACAGAUUGCCAGUUAUUGAUCCUAUCAGUGGAAAUGCACUUUAUAUUCUUACCCACAAAAGAAUCCUCAAGUUCCUCCAGCUUUUUAUGUCCGACAUGCCAAAGCCCGCCUUCAUGAAGCAGAACCUGGAGGAGCUCGGCAUCGGCACGUACCACAACAUCGCCUUCAUCCACCCGGACACGCCCAUCAUCAAGGCCCUGAACAUCUUUGUGGAGAGACGGAUAUCGGCCCUGCCCGUGGUGGACGAGUCAGGAAAAGUUGUAGAUAUUUAUUCCAAAUUCGACGUAAUUAACCUCGCUGCUGAGAAGACGUACAACAACCUAGACGUGACCGUGACGCAGGCUCUGCUGCACCGGUCGCAGUACUUCGAAGGGGUCGUCAAGUGCAGUAAGCUGGAGACGCUGGAGACCAUCGUGGACAGAAUAGUCAGAGCCGAGGUGCACCGGCUGGUGGUGGUCAGUGAGGCAGAUAGCAUCGUGGGGAUCAUCUCCCUGUCUGACAUUCUGCAGGCCCUCAUCCUCACGCCAGCAGGUGCCAAGCAGACGGAGCCAGAGACCGAAUGAGAAGCGCGCGCCCGCCCGCCCGCCCUCGGGAGAGCUCGAGCCCACGUCGGGGCCACGCUUGGCCUCGCGAGCACCGGCUGCACGAGACGAGAGUCCAAUGGCUGAGGACGCAGCAGCGGGGCUCAGCGAGGGGCUUGCUUUCUCCCGGGCGUCAGCCUGACGAGAACGAGCUCGUGUGCUCAGGCUGGCAAGACCGUUCCCGACCCUCGAGUGGGGUUCAAAUCCUGUAUGUCAUUAAAGCGCACUGUGUCCUCAAGUCCUUAUUAUUUUUCAUUUCAAAGAACCCCCUGGUGUGGAAAGGCGAUGGGGCCUCACGAGCGCAGGGCAUGUUCACAUCACAGUGCCUUACGUUGGGACACAGCAAUACGCCCUCCCGUCGCCCCCUGCACCCCGGCGCGCGCUUCCGGGCUCCACGCGUGCACCGAGCCGGCCGGCUCGGUCUCACCAGGCUGGUCGACCAGUUGCCGUCUGCAUAGGAACAGUCCCUUCAACGCGUCAAUGAGCCCCACGCCGGGGGCGCACGCCUGUAAUCCCAGCCACGGGGGGAGCUGGGAUAGGAGGGAGAAUCACAGUGGGAAGCCAGCCCGGGCGUGGAAGUCCAUGAUACUCUUAUCUCCAAUGAGCAGCCAAGAAGCCAGGCUUAGAGCUGUGCUUCACGUAGUAGAGCACCAGCCUUGAGCAAAAAAGCUCAGGGACAGCGCUCAGGCCCUGGGUUCAAGCCCCCAUCCCGGCACUCACACACACAGAAAAACACCUGCAGCGAUGACAUUCACGUUGAAAUGAGCUUCGUCAUCAACAAAGCUGACUUUUCAACAGCUUUAUUUUUUACAUUCAUGCCUUUUUUUUUUUUUUUUUUUUUACACCUCUUUUGGGUCAACGUCCCCGCAUCAGCUAAUCGAGUCUUGGUUGUUUUGACACGGCCAGCGUCAUCAUUGCCCUUCGUCCCUGGAGGGGGUUCCACGCGUGGAACAGCCACCGCGGGGCCGGCGGGGAGCGGGGCCGGGGCAGCCAAGCGCCAGGAAGAGAACUAUUUUUUUUUCUUGUGUAUUGAACUGUUAAAUCAUGAUGUCUGUACGACUGCUGAGAUUGUAAAUUUUAUUGUGGCACAUACGGUAUUGUCACAUUUGAAGCAAAAUGAUGUUUUCUAAUGUAAGUGCUCUGAAAAUGUGGACACUGUAUAUAUAUAUGUAUGUAUGUGUGUGUAUAUAUGUAUAUAUACACACAUAUAUGAGAAGUUUGGGGGUUUGUUGGGGGGGGAUUUUUUUUUUUGGAUUU